AUCUUUAGUCAACGUACUUUGCUUUCCAUCAACGCCACCUUUUUUCCGAUCAACUGAACGUAUACCUUAUGCGUGCUAACCCAAACUAUAUUUGUAUCAAGUGAUGUGAUUGGUGCAUAGCAGUGACUGGCAGUGACUACAGAUCCAGUGAGUUGAAUUUGUAUGCAACACUGUGCAUAGGUAAUAAGCGUGUCAUAACCAUAACCAGAAAGAAGCAGCAUAACCAAAGCAAAGAGUAGGUAUAAUAAGAGGUGACACUCUGAGAGAGAAACUACUUGCAGAAAGAGACAAAGUGAUACAACCCAUUUAAAGGUCCAUUCGGCAAUCUUCGUUUUCGACCGUGAACAGUCGUGAGCGCGCGACAAGUUUGUACUGUGGAUUUACGUAUAUAACCUAUAUUGUGGAAACUUCUUUGUCAGAAUGCUCCAAAAAGCAAGAGUUUAUGACAUUUCAGACCGUCAUAAACCGGGAAUUUUCUGGGGAAUCAAGGAGGGGAAGGAGUACAUUUUUUUAGAUUUCCUAAGAAUGGAGACUUGUAAGUAUUAUAAAGUCAUAAUAUGUGUGUAACAAUAUAAGAACUUAGGUACUAUAGAAACAGAAAUCUUGGAACAAUAACAUGCUUCAAGUAUAUACAUAUAUUCACAUGCCUGGCUUCGGGCAUGUGGUAGAGAAGAUCUUUCUGCUUCGAAAUAUGAACACUACCACAAGACCCGCAGAGUAUGUAGUAAGCAUUUAAAAUAAAAUGUACAUGGGUCCUUCCAAAUCCAGAUUAUUACCAACAGCAGUUCCAAAGUAGAUUGAGUCUGGUAUGAAUAUUAUAGAAGUAUUAAUUGUAUUAACCAUUUAAUUGUAGUAAUUGAGUAAGGAGUAUAUUGAUCUCCUAUUUUCAUAUCAGAUACAAAUAUUCAAGAAGAGAGCAGUAAUAAUCCUGAGUUUAAUACAUAUAUAAAUACAUAAGAAUAAAUAAUUUAGAUAAAUGAGAAUAAAUAUUUUUGUUCUUAUAUGUUUGAUCUUUAGCAAUUGCAGGUCCAUCUCAUCAGGGAGACAUUACAUCAAUCCAGACGAAUCCUUUUACAAUUAUUUAUUUACUCUAGAAAACAUCUUUUUUUCAAAUGCACGUUCUAUUUUACCACGCACCCAUGUAGGUAAAAAUAUGUAUCAUUUAUGUAGAAAUGUAACUGGUUUUAUUCCCCCUUGCGACAAUUUUCCUCUAGAAUAUUUAUUAAAAUUAUUUAUUAUAUUAAGGUAAUGCGAGCGUCGAGGCCGAACUUUGAAUUCCGCGUCGGUAAAACAGUCAACGUUUCAUCGAAAAUUAGGCCGAACAGAAACUGAUUUAAGCGCCACCUCAACUAUCACAUGCUAUACUACGUCACCUUUCGCAUACACUUAAAUGAUACGUGUAUGCUACGAUAGCUAUAUGUAUCGAUACAUAAUUAAACAAUACAGGACCAAAAUUAUUUAAUUAUUAUUUUUAAUUUUACAAUUAUUUAUUAAUCAAACGAACGAACUGCGCCCUACAGAAUGAACGAGAAACUAAAUUUCUGGUCUGUUUUACCUUGUUGACGUCUUUCGCGAGUGAACAAUCAACGAAAUCGUAGUUUUCAAAUUACUUCUACCUGGAGACUUGUACAUCAUCCCUUGGGUGCUCGUUUUAUUCUAUCCGACCCAAAGAAUAUCAGUCUGGUCCCUAUUUGGACAUACGAUUCACAGAAAUGUUUAUAUUACGAAUAAAUCAAUGCAGAAAUAAGGACGUAAUUUGAAAACUCGCGUCUAGGAAUUUCUCUAAAGACUGUCGGUAAAGUUUUCGACGCUCGCAUCACCUUAACCCAUCUUUUGGCGAAACCGUGCCCACUUAGCUUGACUUCGGUGAUCUUACGGGUACCGUUGUGUCAGAAGGAUAAUUAUAAUUAAAAAAUAAACAUGGUAUCUGUUGGAUCGAAAUACUAAUUCUUCUUCUAUGUUGUUUAAUACUAAUAAAACACUGAAUUAGGUAUAAUGCCUGUUGGCUCGAGUGUAUUCAAGCGUAUUAGUAUACCUACUUGUAAGCACAGGAAUUAACGCAAAACUUUUUUAAUUUUUACUGUUUAAUUAAACAUGUUAUUAGGAUUGUAUGAAACGUUUCAAAAUGGUUUAAUAAAUGAUCAAUUAUCUUCUUGGUAUAUGUAAAUUUUACGAUAAAAGUAAAUGGAGAACUAUCAAAUGCCACGUAAUGCAAUCAUCGCAUCUCAAAGAUGGAUAGAUUGCGACUAUUGCCAUUGGAAUUGCCAUCAGCUACCAAUAUAAAUAAUAAUGGAACAGUUAAAGGAAAAAUAUCAUUUGUUCGAAGAUUAGCAGUAGGAUUUGUCAUUUUAGCUACAUUAGGUUUAUUAUAUGUACCAGCAUACCAUUCUGCCCAAGGCCCACUUUUAGGCUUAGCACAAUUACCAGGAUGGGCAUAUAAUACUUCAAGAGAUCUAUGUGUAUACAUUCAUCCAGAAAAUACAACAUCAGUGUUAAAUCCUACUGGUAUAUGUUCUCCACCACCAUAUCUUCUUAUUGUUAUUUGUUCAGCUAUUACAAAUUUUAAAGCUAGGAUAGCCAUAAGAAAUACAUGGGCUAAUAAAAGUAACUUGGAUAAUGUAUACAAUUCAACAGUAAAAGUAGCAUUUCUUCUUGGACAAAGUGACAAUGAUACACUUAAUAACAUAAUAGCUGAAGAAAGUCAUCAAUUCAGUGACAUUAUUCAAGAAAAAUUUUAUGACACAUACAACAAUUUAACAUUAAAGUCUGUUAUGAUGUUGAAAUUGGUCAUCAAUUGUGGCCAAGCUAAAUAUCUCAUGAAAACAGAUGAUGAUAUAUUUGUAAAUAUUCCUACAUUAGUAAAGACAUUGGAAUCAAGAACACAAGCUACAAAUAUAUUAUUAGGAUCUCUGAUCUGUAAUGCUAAACCUAUUUUAGAUCCAAAAAAUAAAUGGUAUACACCAAAAUAUAUGUAUUCAGAAAAAAUGUAUCCUAAUUAUUUAUCGGGUACUGGGUACGUAAUGAGUUUAGACGUGGCAUUUAAGUUGUAUCGCGCAGCGUUAACAACGACACUACUUCAUUUAGAAGAUGUCUAUAUUACAGGACUUUGUGCAAAGCAUGCAAAGGUACGACCUGUAAAUCAUUCUGGCUUCAGUUAUAUUCCACGAAAAUUAGAUCCAUUCAUAUUAAAAAACGCUAUUACAGCACAUAAAGUUAAUGCCUCCAAUAUGUAUGUAAUAUGGAACAAGUUAAAUGAUACAAAUCUCUCUUGCAGUAAUCAUUCUCACACUGAUAAACAAUCAGUUACUUUAAGUCGAAGUAGUAGGAAUGUUGGAUAUUAUAUAGUAAAAAGAAGAAAUAUUAACAAAUGUGUUUAACUGUAAAGAACGUUUAUGUAUACUAUCUAAUUAUUGUUGAUUUAACUUAUUCAUGAUCUGAUUUUUCCUUUCUUUUUUUUUUCUUUUUUUUUUUUUUUUCUUUACAUAUUACUAUACAAUCUUUAAUAAUACUUCUUCAGUUGUUUUUAUGGCAAGAGAUAUUUGUAGUUGAUAUUUCAAUGAAAUUUUAUACAUUGUUUUCCCAUUUGAACAGCAAUAGGGUUUUAGGAUACAUUGUCAAUUAGAUUUCCUAUGCGAAUUAAUUUCUUUGCUAAUAUACAUAAAAGAUUACUGGCUAAGUGUCGGAUAGUUAUCUAAACAGAAUAGUAUUUGUCAAAUACUUUAAAUUCCAUCCGCUGCUUGAUAUUAAUUUUAUUUAAAAAUUAUUGGUAUCAAGAUAAGACAAAUAAGAAUCUCUAAAGGUGGUAUUAAAUAAUCCUGACAGUUUAACAUAUCAAAUUUCCGUUGUAACCCGAAGGAAAAAUUUUGGAAUUGAAUAAUACCUUCUUAAAUUCUUACGGGUUACACAUGCAUACUCGUAAAUUAUACGUUUGCUCUAGUGUAUUAUACUGUCUUUGAGAUCUGAUUAACUUUAAUAGGUAUGAUUAACGAUCGAUAAAUUUCGACUGUCAAUAAAAACCGCUUUAUAUUCUAUAUUAAUUUUAUGUAAAUAUUUCCAUAAUUAAUUACUUGCAUUUUAUUUUGAAUUAUUUUUGUUCUUUUACAAAAAUUGAGAGAUCUGUAAUAGACAAAUAAGAUUUUAACAUUCCGUUAUUAUAAUGGAGUAUUACGAACAUUCGCUUUAAGUAGAAUAUCAAAUUAAAUUCAUUGCUCAUCAUGUAUAAUUCAAAUUUUCAAAUGAUCAUUAUCAUCUAGGAUGUAAAACGAUAUGUAGAGGAUAAUGAACUAAAUACAUUAUAAGUGUAUUAUAUUACACUUAUUGUCUAAAUAAAAAGAAAUCUUUUCAGCAUGAAUAUUUAACUUGUACACAAUUCUGAAAGAAUUGUUAUUUAAAAGUUCGGUACAACGUAUUGAUUAAGACUAGUGAUAAUAAUAAUCAUAUUUCUAGUAAAUACUUGGACUCGAUUGAAUGAUAUUUAUAACAUAUUUUAAUGAUCAUGAACCUAAGAAUGGAUUUCACUUCUUGAUAAUCCUAAAACGAUCUACAUAAUUAGUGAGUCAAUGUUUGAAUCAAUUAUUAGCUCAAUUAAACAGUAUGAAUCAUACUGUAAUUCAUUAAGCUUGUCGAGUGAGGUCCGUUCACUUAUACAGCGAAACAACUCCACGGAGUAUUCUAGUGGCCUUAGAAAAUUUGUUUUAUUUUAUAUAAAUAUAUUGGAAAAAUUAUACUAGCAUGCUACUACGAAAUUUGGUGCUAAAUAGUACUUAAUUAUACAUUCGUUGUAUAUACUCUUGUAUAGAUUGUCGUUUGAUUUUUACACGAACUAAGUUUUCCAUACUAAGAAAGAUGUAUUUUUUAAAGUGAGAUUAAUGAUUCUUAAUCACAGACAUUCAUUAAAGAUAUUACUAUGCUUAUUUCUUUUCAAACGAGCUAUACGCAAGUAUAUGCAACAUUAAUAGACAUAAAAGUUUUAAGGUAAAUAUUAUGUCUAUAAAAUUGUUAAAAGAUCUGUGUCCACCAAUAAAUUCUAUAAAGAAAGAAAAAAAACUUUAAUAUUUAUAAAUUAUGUUUAAAAUUUGUUAUUCAUAUAUGUGUGUUCCCGAUUAAUUUUUGUUAAAAAAGGGAAAAAAACUGUAAAAAUUAUAAUAGUUUACAGUAAAAGUUUUAAUUAAUAACACCUUACCUACAAAAAUAUUAAUUAUAUAUUUAAAAAAUAAAUACAUAAAAGGUGUUUUACAUGCAUAACAAAAUGCGCACUGUAUGUAUACAAAUUUAUAUACAAUUACUGUAAAAAUUAUUACAUAUUUUUAUACAAAUAAUUUUUUAAUUACACGGGACCUUGCAAAUAUUUUAUAACAAAAUUCUAUUUUUCCCCACUUCUCAUUUAUUGUGCUUUUUCUUCUUUUUCUUUAAAAGCUCAGUUUAUCAACUGCAAUAUUAGGUGCCAUUAUGUUUUCUACAAUUGCUUCUACUUUGCUUUUACUACUUUCUUCUUCUGUAGAUUCUUCAGUAUCAAAAUGAACAGCUUUUAAACUUUCUGUUAUUUUAUUUAAUUUCUUUUUUUGUUUUUUAAGUAAUUUUAAUUUUUUUCUUUUUCUUAUUCGGGCAUUUAAUUGAUCGGCUUUGUGUUUUAAAUAUACAUGCGAUAAGUUCGAGAUACGUUCACUUACACACAUACCUGAAUCCCUUGUUUGAUCUGACUGUGCAGAUGUUUCAUCGCAAGAAAGUUUUGUAUGAAAUUACAUUCCAGUGUACUAAUGUCUUCAUCAGUGAAGUUAGAAUAACUGUGAAGUAGAAUAAUUUUUUUCUGAUUUCUUCAAUUUUUUUGCCUUAAAACCAUCCAUUUCUUCAUCCUCGCAUGUAUCGCUAAUACAUUUAAAUUGGUAAUCUUGAUUCUUCUUUUUUGAUCUUUUUUUUUUUUUUAUGCUUAAGCUCAUCAUUAAAAUUAUUUCUAUGAUAAUCAUUUGUUUGUUCUUGAAUCUUUCUUUUCAUCUUUUUUCCUAAUUUUUUACUCACAGCAAGCGAUAAAUCAUCAGUUACAUUAUCUGUCCCAUCUAUUUCUGUACUUUCAAUAUCAUCAGAUACAGAACUUCUCUUUUUCUUUCUUUACAUUUUUUACUCUUCUCUUUUUCUUCUAUCUUACUUCUUUACCUUUUCAUCAUUGUUUAUCACUUAACAUUACAUAAACAUUUAACCGAUGAGGUUAAGUUGUUUAUAACGUCUUCUAUUAUUUCUUCUUGCAGUUUAGACAUAUUAGGAACUAUUAAUUCUUCAGUAACAGGAUGGUGAGGCAAUAAUGUAAUUUCAUUGUUGUUAUCUAUUUCGUACUCAUUACUUUGAGAUUUAUUAUUAUUGUUCUCCCAACGUUUCUGCCAUGUUUCUAAUGCAUUUAUGUUUAAAACAA